AUGGCAGCAACUUUCCAAGACAACGCUUUAGUUGUUAGGAAGAAGUCGCAAUCGACUCUAUUGUUGAUAAUUAAGAAGAAAUGGGUGCUGGGAAAUUUCUUCUCCGUCGACCUGCCGGCUGUCGGUGAAGUAAUCACGGUGAACUGGAGGAAUGCUAGAGCCCGUGAUACCAUCGACAUAUCCGGCUGGAACAGUUGUAAUGAGCCCAUGGGAGGAUUUGUUGUAAGUGAAUCGGCUGGAGAAAAAAUUAAGGUAAACUUAGAGCCACUGUUACACUUGAUGAGAAAGACGGUGGUUAUCAGUGGAUACUCUGCGAAAUAAACGAGUACUACAAAAGGGGAAGUAAUAAGGUAAACAAGAGAUUUUGUCCUUCCAACGUUGAAAUUAGGAAAAUAGCUCACGAAUUGCAAAUCUUUCUUCCUAAUUUUUAGGUGCCCGAUCAAAAUUUGCCCUACAAAGGGGUGGUUGGUGCGGUGAAACAAGGGGCAAAUAAAUUGACCAAUUAUAUAACAUCACGUUUCUUCCCACGAGAUGUGCCUUUCUAUACAGGGACAAAUGUGAGUCCGGAGCUAAUAGAUGGCCUGCUUGGUCGAGAAGUAUCAUUUGCGGCCUCCAAAAAUACAGGGCCGGAUGGUUAUUCACGUGCUAUUGGCUCCAUCCAGCCAAUUUCUGCAAAUAGAUUACCUAUCACCGUAUACGGCUCCUUCUUUAAGAUAGAUGUAGAUGUCGAGUAUAUUGGUUGUACCGAUGAACAUGGGAACACUAUUGUGUGGAGCGAUCAGUUUGAAUUUAUGGCAGACAUACAUACGCUCUUCAAGAACCGCGCAUUUGGCCUUUAUCGCAUCGAAGCUAUACGGCACCACAAGAAAUUCGAGUUUUCAAGAUGGAAAGUGACUAAGGUAUGCCGGUGCAUCGAGGCACUCGAUGGAAGUGAUGUCGCUCGUUCUUCACGCAGUUCUCCGUGUUCGUCAAGGCACCUCUCGAAACGUUGGGAGGACAAAAAUAAUCGGGUCCGUGACCAUUCAGUUGGAAACGGAUUAGCUAAGAGAACCAAUACACCCCCUAAAAUUCGCAGGAAUCAUGGCUCUGGAGUGGCUGACGUUUCAGAGGUGACAUUAUUUCUUUUUUCAUUUUUUUUCCGUUUUGCGAUAGUCCCAUGUGGAUACGAAAAAUUAGUGAAGACGACGUGCUAA